UCAGCUAGAAGUUGAAACUAUGUCCACUCCUGCCAAGAAGAUCGAGUUCACCAUUGAUUGCUCUGCUCCUCUGAAUGAUAAGGUCAUGGACCUUGCCUCUUUUGAGAAGUUCCUGAACGAGCACAUUAAGGUCAACAACAAGACCAAUAACCUCGGAGACGUGGUUGCUGUCUCGAGCGCUGAUACCAAAGUGAGCGUGACUGUUGCUGGUAAGAUGGCCAAGAGAUACCUGAAGUACCUCACCAAGAAGUACCUGAAGAAGCAGAGCCUUCGUGAUUACCUUCGUGUGAUUGCCAACGGAAAGACUGGUUACAAGCUCACCUACUUCAAUGUUGAGAAGGAUGAGGAAUAAACUUGUUUUCUCUGAUGAUUAUCGAAU